UUCAUUUCAUACGAUUAUUAUUUCCUGAAAAAUCGAAAAUGUCAUUGAAUAAAACACGUUUAGAUUUUUAUGCUAAUAAACAUCAUAAAAUCAAAUCGAGAACAAAACCACCAUCAGCAUACACUGGAUCGGCUUUAUCAUCUACUACCAAUUCAACAAAUCAAUGUAAUAAUGAUCCUAAAAGUUUGUUAUUAUCAUCUGUGGAAAAUAUAACUGGUAUUGCAAGCAAAUCGAAUAUAAAUACAUCUUGUCCAGGUACAAAAAUCCAAAUUCAUAAUCCAAUCCAUUAUACACCAACAGCAUCAUCAUCAUCAUCAUCAACGUUUGGCAGUAGCUAUCGACCACAUCUUUCAUCAUUAGGUUCAAAUAACUCGAAUAAUUCAACUUAUAAUGGUGUCACAAAUAAACCUAGUCGUUUUGUACGACAUUCUGGUCCUGGUCGCUCGAUUCGAGCUCAAUCAUUAUUAUCCACAGUAAAAGUUUCCAAACACUCAUUAGGUCCGUCGACAAAAUCAAUUGUAGCAAAAACAUCAAACACUAGUAACUAUGAAAUUAAUGAAUCAACAGAUGAUAGUGAACAUCAUUAUCGUGUGGAAAUGAUUUCUCGUAGCACAUCACCAACGCGACCAACAUCAUCAAAAAUUAUUGACACCGACGCACAGAAUAAUGGUGACAGUAUCAUCGUGGAGAACGACGACAACGACAAUAACGAUCCUGAUGAUGGCAGAGGCUCCAAUCAUGAUGAUGAACAACAAAAAGUUCAUCAGAGUCGAUGUUCUAUUUGUAGUGUUGAACGAAUAUUCGUAGAUCGACCUAAAAAGUGUAUUUUUGGCAUUCAAAAAUGUCAUCAAGCAAUACAAACAACAGCAAUGAAUAGUGAUGAAGAUUUAAAUUCAAAUUCUUUGAAUGAUCUGUCGUCUUCAUGUUCAUCAUCAACAUCCUAUUCAACAGUAAAAUAUGAUAAUACAGACGGCAUUCGUUCCAGGCCAACUAGCAAUAGUCAACAGAAUGAAUAUUCUCGUUUCUCAUCGUCAUCAUCAUCUUCAUUAAUUAAUAAGAAUAACAAAAACAAUCGUUAUUCGCAUCUGAUGUGCAAUACAAUCAGAACGACAAAUCGUUUUGCGUCAGCACCUGUAAUAGCACGAUCAUCGUUAAACAGGAAUAAUACAACUCAAUAUAAGACAAAAUUUGGCACACAAACACCAUCAUCAUCAUCAUCAUCAUCAUCUACAUUGCUAAUAAGUGGAAGAAAAAAUCAAAAUUUUAUAGUAGAAAAAAGUUCAUUAAAAGUUUUAUCAAAAAAUGGACAAUCAAUGUCAAAUGACAAUGUUCAAGAUUUCGAUAAAUCAUCAUCAUCAUCAUCAUCAUCAACAUCAUCCAUCAGCAUUCAUCGACCUCUUUCUCCAACACAAUUGAUUGCCGUAAAUAAUUGUCAAAGUAUCAACCAGGAAUCAUCAUCAGCUUUCAAUAAUGAUAGUCAUCAAAUUACUUCAUUGAUCACUGAAUUGUAUAAUGAUGAUGAUGAUGAUAGCUCGGAACUAAAUAGUUUGAAUUCGAAUCAUAGUCGUGUGGAUUCAACAAAAAACUGUCCAAUUCCAACGAGUGAUUAUGAUGAUGAUGAUAAUAAUAAUAAUAGCGAGAUUAUCCAACAACAACAACAAAUUUCAUCAUCAUCAUCAUCAUCAGCAUCAUUGUCGUCGGCAAUUUCACCAAUCCAAAAGCAAAAUUCAGGAAGCUAUGAUAAUAUAAAUUUGUUGACCAUUAUUAAAUUAGAUAAUAAUUCACUGGAACGAAGUGCAUCGGCCGAACCAUUGUCCUGCUCAAGAAAUUUAACCAACAAUUCAAAUGAUAAAACUCGUUCAUCAUCAUCAUCAUCAUCAUCAUCAGCAACACCAUCCGUGUCCUCAAUGUCAACAGACAACGAUUAUGAUGUUGCCGACCGAAUAAUUAUGAAUGAAACUAAAUCAACUACAACAAAAAAUGAUAGUAGUGAAAACGAAGACGAUACGUAUGAAGAUGCAUCGGAAAAUUAUGAUGAUGAUGAUGAUGAUGAAUGUAACAAUACGUUCACAAUACGAUUGUCAAGUGCCCAAUCAAAUCGGACAGUGAUUAGUUGUGAUUCGUUCAUUGAUGAUAAUGAUGAUCAAGAUGGCUACAAUCUGAAUGAUAAAAAACUAAACAUAAACAAUGUUGUCCAUGAUGAUGAACAAAAAAAUGAUGAAAUAGAAAUUGACAAUGCUAUUACUUGUAUACAGAAUGAAGUGACCAGUUUAAAAGAGAGUAGCCAUUCAUUGAUUCAUUCAUCAAGUAAUAGUUUUAAUAAUAAUAAUAAUAAUAAUAAUAGUGGUAGUAAUCAUUCAAGUCAAGAUUCAAUCAAUUCUUUAGGCAAUUCAACAAUGGUCAAUGGUGAAACGAUGAUGGAUAAUAAUAAUAAUAAUAAUAAAAUGAUUUAA